AUGAGCUCAACAACUCAGGCAAUGGUUCCAGUCAUAGAUUUCUCAAACCAAAACCUGAAAGCGGGCAGCCCCGAAUGGGAUUUAGUGAAAUCCCAAGUUCGGGAAGCACUGGAGGAGUACGGUUGUUUCGAGGCUUUGUUUGAUCCAAUCCUGGAGCUUCGAAAGGCCAUAUUUGGGGCUUUGCAAGAGGUCUUUGACUUGCCUUUACAAACAAAAAAACUGUUUGUUUCCGACAAGCCCUUUCGUGGCUAUUCGUGUUCUCCAUCUGCUAUGUUUCAAAGCAUGGCGGUGGAUGAUGCUCAUAUUGCUGAAAACAUUGAACAAUGCCUCACCACCAGUUUAUGGCCUCAAGGAAAUAUAAGUUUCAGUAAAACUCUAGCAUCUUUCAUUCAACUAACAUCAGAGUUAGAAAAGACAAUUUUGAAGAUGAUUUUGGAGAGUUUUGGGCUUGAGAAAUACAUGGAUGAGCUCACUGACAUCGCAAAAUAUCAACUGAGGAUCAUGAAAUAUGAAAAGCCAAAAGCCAACGAGCAAACCAUUGGGGUACCUGCACACUGUGACUCUAAUAUGAUGACCCUUUUGUAUCAAAACGAGGUUAAUGGAUUGGAGAUUCAAAAUAAAGAUGGUGAAUGGAUGAAUACGAAGCUUUCCCCCAACUCUUUCAUAGUCAUAAUUGGAGAGUGCCUUUGCGUAUGGUUAAAUGGUCGAUUGUCUUCGCCUUAUCAUCGUGUCAUGAUGAAGGGUAACGAAGAUAGGUAUAGCCUUGGACUGUUUUCAAGUGUAAGAGGAGGCUACAUGGUAAAGGUUCCAACUGAGCUUGUGGAUGACAAAAAUCCCUUGCUCUUCAAACCUCAUGACCAUGAAGAAUUUUUGAAAUAUUUCUCCUCCGAUGUCGCUAAAGGUGUUGUUAAAUCUGGGGCCGUUAAAUCUCGUCUUAAAGCUUAUUGUGCUGUCUAAGAUUUGGCCCGUCAAUAAUUAUUAUAUUGUAGCCAAAUUGCUUACUGCAAUGUUUAAGAUUUGGCAAUCAAUAUAAAAUUCUGUGAGUUGAUACACUGUCUUAAAGGUGGUUUG